ACGACAAUGGAACAAGUCAGUAAAGAUGCCAAGACCAACCCGGCAGCGACGGCAGGUCUUUUGUCCAAGAUAUUUUUCUGGUGGCUCAAUCCUUUGUUCAAUAUCGGAUCCAAACGCAUGCUGGAGGAAGAUGACAUGUACGAAGUGCUGCCGGAGGACAGGUCAAAGAGCCUGGGGCAGGACCUGCACAGUUACUGGGACCACGAGAUCCAGGAGGCGACCAAAGAGCUACGCAAGCCCAGCCUCUCCAAAGUCAUCAUUAAGUGCUACGGGAAAUCAUACGCAGUGCUGGGAUUCUUUACACUAGUUGAGGAGGUCAUUAAAGUCAUCCAGCCGGUCCUCCUGGGGAAGAUGAUUCUCUACUUUGAGAAUUACGACCCGAACAACAUGAAGGCCCUGUACGAAACCCUGGGCUACGCGGCGGGGAUGUCCGCCUGCACCAUCGCCCUGGCGCUGCUGCACCACCUCUACUUCUACCACGUCCAGAGGGCAGGCAUGAAGAUCAGAGUGGCCAUGUGUCACAUGAUCUACAAAAAGGCUCUGUGUCUCAGCAGUUCAGCGAUGGGAAAGACCACCACGGGCCAGAUUGUCAACCUCCUCUCCAACGACGUCAACAAGUUCGAUGAAGUGACCAUCUUCCUGCACUACCUGUGGGUGGGACCCCUCCAGGCAGCAGCGGUGGUGGGGCUGCUGUGGGUGGAGAUCGGCCCGUCGUGCUUGGCGGGCAUGGUGGUGCUCAUGUUCCUGAUGCCCAUGCAGACCAUGUUUGGAAGGCUGUUUUCAAAGUUCAGGAGUAAGACAGCAGUCCUCACUGACAACAGAAUCCGCACAAUGAAUGAAGUGGUGUCUGGAAUUAGGAUCAUCAAGAUGUACGCCUGGGAAAAACCCUUUGCUGCUCUGGUGACUGAGGUCAGAAGGAAAGAGAUCUCCAAGAUCAUGAACAGCUCCUACCUACGGGGUCUCAACAUGGCCUCCUUCUUCUGCGCCAGCAAGAUCAUCGUCUUCAUCACUUUCACCCUCUACGUCCUUCUCGGAAACACAAUCUCAGCCAGCCGCGUGUUUGUGACUGUGUCGCUGUACGCUUCCGUGAGACUCACCGUCACCCUCUUCUUCCCCAACGCCAUCGAGAAGCUGUUCGAGAGCCGCGUCAGCAUCCGCAGGAUUCAGGAAUUCUUGUUGCUGGAUGAGAUUAAAAAAAACAGUGCCGCACUGCCACAGGAGGAGAAGAAAGAUUCCUCUGUGGAGAUGGAGAACCUGACCUGCUACUGGGAUAAGAAUCUGGAUUCCCCCUCUCUGCAGAACGUCUCGCUCACUGUGAACUCAAGUCAACUGCUGGCUGUUAUCGGACCAGUGGGAGCUGGGAAGUCAUCGCUGUUGAGCUCCAUCCUGGGAGAGCUGCCUACCGACAAGGGGUCGCUGAAGGUCAAAGGUCAGCUGACGUACGCCGCCCAGCAGCCGUGGGUGUUCCCCGGAACCAUUCGCAGCAACAUCCUGUUCGGCAAAGAGAUGAACCCCCAGAAGUACGAGAGAGUCAUCAGAGCGUGCGCUUUAAAGAGGGACCUGGAGCUGCUCCCGGACGGAGAUGUGACAGUAAUUGGGGACAGAGGAGCCACACUCAGCGGAGGACAGAAAGCUCGUGUCAAUCUGGCCAGGGCUGUGUAUCAGGAUGCAGACAUCUACCUCCUGGAUGAUCCUUUAAGUGCUGUGGAUGCUGAGGUUGGGAGACACCUGUUUGAACAGUGUAUCUGUGGCCUGCUGAAGAACAAGCCUCGUAUCCUGGUCACCCACCAGCUGCAGUAUCUGAAUGCUGCUGACCAGAUUGUUGUCCUCAAGGAGGGUCACAUGGUGGCAAAGGGGACGUACACAGAGCUGCAGCAGUCUGGAGUCGACUUCACCUCCUUGCUGAAAACGGAGGAGGAGGAGGAGCAGCCACCUCCAGAGGUUCACGCCCGUAGCCGAACUCUGUCCCAGAACUCUGUGCUCUCACAGGCCUCCUCUGUGCAGUCCAUCAAGGAUGGAGACCAGUUAGCGGUGGAGCACGUGCAGACUGUAGCAGAGGAGAGUCGAGGACAAGGAACCAUCGGCGUCGGUCUGUACGUCAAGUACCUGAGAGCCGGAGCCAACAUCCUGGUGCUGGUGUUAGUGAUACUCGCCAACAUUCUGGCUCAGGUGGCAUACAUCAUGCAGGACUGGUGGCUGGCUCACUGGGCUGACGAGCAAGAGAAACUCAGCGCCAACAGCACCAUCAUUGAAAGUGGACGUAACAACACCCAAGAGCUGAAUACAGACUUCUACCUGGGUGUUUAUGGAGGUUUGACUGCAGCCACAGUUAUUUUUGGCUUCUUCAGGAAUAUGCUGCUGUUCAACGUGCUGGUCAGAUGUGCACAGGUGCUGCACAACCGCAUGUUCAACUCAAUACUCCGCACACACGUGCGCUUCUUUGACGUCAACCCUAUUGGAAGAGUUUUAAACAGGUUUUCAAAGGACAUCGGCCUGCUGGACUCCAACAUGCCGUGGACCUUUGUGGACGUCAUUCAGUUAUUCCUGCAGAUUGUCGGCGUGGUCGCCGUGGCGGCCUCCGUGAUCCCAUGGAUCCUCAUCCCCGUGCUUCCCCUCCUCCUCUUCUUCCUCUACCUCCGUCGCUUCUUCCUUCGGACCUCCAGAGACAUCAAACGUCUCGAGUCCACCACUCGGAGUCCGGUCUUCUCCCACCUGUCUUCAUCUCUUCAGGGUCUGUGGACGAUCCGAGCCUUCGGAGCAGAGCGGCGGUUCCAGGAAGUCUUCGACGCCCAUCAGGACCUGCACUCAGGGGCCUGGUUCCUGUUCCUGACCACGUCCCGCUGGUUCGCCGUCCGCCUCGACGGCAUCUGCGCCAUCUUUGUUACCAUCACCACGUUUGGCUGCCUGCUGCUCAGAGACCAGAUGGAGGCUGGCUCUGUGGGAUUGGCUCUGACAUACUCUGUCACACUGAUGGGAAUGUUCCAGUGGGGCGUCAGGCAGAGCGCCGAGGUGGAGAACAUGAUGACUUCAGUGGAGCGAGUAGUGGAGUACACCGACCUGGAGAGCGAAGCACCCUGGCAAACUCAGAAGCGCCCCCCUCCUGACUGGCCCAGCAAAGGCCUGGUGACCUUUGACCAGGUCAGCUUUUCCUACAGCGACGACGGAACUAAGGUGCUGCAUAACCUGAAAGCCAUGUUCAGACCCAGAGAAAAGGUCGGUAUCGUGGGGAGGACGGGCGCGGGGAAGAGCUCCCUGGUGUCGGCUCUGUUCCGUCUGGCCGAGCCACGGGGAAAGAUCUACAUCGACGGCGUUCUCACCUCUGAGAUCGGCCUCCACGACCUGCGCCAGAAGAUGUCCAUCAUUCCUCAGGACCCGGUGCUGUUUACCGGCUCUAUGAGGAAGAACCUGGACCCUUUCAACCAACACACCGAUGAAGAAUUGUGGAAUGCUCUGCAGGAAGUGCAGCUGAAGUGCGUGGUGGAGGAGCUGCCCGGGAAGCUGGAGACAAUUCUGGCCGAGUCGGGCUCCAACUUCAGCGUGGGCCAGAGGCAGCUGGUGUGUCUGGCCAGGGCCGUCCUGAGGAAGAACCGUAUCCUCAUCAUCGACGAAGCCACGGCCAACGUGGACCCCAGAACAGAUGAGCUGAUCCAGAAAACCAUACGGGACAAGUUCAGAGAAUGCACCGUGCUGACAAUCGCUCAUCGACUCAACACCAUCAUAGACAGCGACCGCAUACUGGUUCUGGACGCGGGAAGAAUCCACGCCUACGACGAGCCGUACACCCUGCUGCAGGAUCCAGAUGGCAUCUUUUCUAAAAUGGUGCAGCAGACUGGCAAACAGGAGGCGGCAGCUUUACUAGAGGCAGCUAAACAGGCUUACGAGAGCAGAAGCCGCUCCGACAUGACGAACGGACACGCGGAAACCGCAGACGGAAACCUGGUCAUCUUCGAGACGGCUCUGUGAGCUCGGGAAGGCUCGGACCGACCGUUUCGCCAGAGGGCCGCAUCGAGUGCCUGAGGUGUGUGACGAAGCACAAAGGCCUACGAUAGAAAGCUCUAAUCCACUCCAGUCGAGGAGAUGAACUGCACUGGCUCCGGCCUCAUUUGCCCGAGCCACAUAGGUGCACAUUACGCUGCGAGAUUGGAAAUCACCGCUGUAAAAACUGUUGACAUAGAUACUAUAUUUAUUUUCUAUGCUUUGUAUUUAUCACAUGUUAAAAUGCUGCUCUGUACACCGAUGCCUUGAAAUUGUAAACGACCACAUAAACCUUAAAACGACAAGUGCCUUGUUUCAGAUUUGCAGCAGUUUGUACAUGUUUAAUUUAACAACGCGAUAACGUAUUUACACAUAUCUCUAUCCAAAGUUGCCUUUGUACACUAACGGACGGGAACAAUCCGACGCGUACGGAGGUUUCCCAUUGGAUUACCUUUACAUAACUCGACGAUAAAGAAAACAUAAACACAGCCCUUUGCCCCGAGCAGCCGGGGUUGUGCCAUUUUCUGGGUGAAUCCAUGUA